ACAGUGAGUGUAACGCCCCUCUUGCUCGUCUUCGCCAUAAUAUGUAAUACAUAUUAUGUAUAUUAUUUUUUAUUGUAAGGUGUGCUUACAUUUUAACAUAGAACUGAUACCUUUUUAUUAGAGCCAAAGACUAUUUUGCGACAAGUACGAAUCAUUUACGGCAGUGUGUUGACAGCGCGCCUGCAGGAGGAACAGACCCGCAAACUUUAGCCUUAUUAGCUGAACUGAGAGCCCGAGCUCGACACACGCAGAACACACUCUGUUCCCACACACUGAUGACGUCCGCGAUGAUGAGUGGAGCUUUCAGGCGGUUCGUGAGCAGAACCGCGAGGAUGAGGAGGAUGAAGGAGCGCAUUUGGACUGAUCUCAUCAGAACUUCAAACAGAACAGCUUCAUUCCUCGUGGCUGUAACUCCAGUGUCAUUCCUUAUCUAUGACAGAGUCAGUCGUUUCGCUUCGGUGUGUGCGCUGGAAUCAGCUGAAGAAGUUUUAGAACAGGCAGAUUAUCUGUACAGCUGUGGAGAGACUGAGAAACUCCACCAGCUCCUGGUGAAAUACAAAGACAGUGACGAGGCAGAGUUCCUGUGGCGUUUGGCUCGAGCAUCUCGCGAUCUGGCUUUACUGUCCCGCAUCAGCGCUGAGGAGAAGAAGCGGCUCACGUACGAGGCCUUCGACUUCGCCAGCAAAGCUCUGGAGAAAAACCAGUCUUCCUUUGCGGCUCACAAAUGGUUCGCCAUUUGCCUCAGUGAUGUUGGGGACUAUGAAGGGAUCAAAGUCAAAAUAGGAAAUUCCUACAUCAUUAGAGAGCAUUUGGAGCGAGCGAUCGAGCUCAACCCUAAAGAUGCGACGUCUAUCCAUAUUCUUGGUUACUGGUGUUUUGCGUUCGCUGAAUUACCGUGGUACCAGCGGAAAGUCGCGGCCGUUAUUUUUUCGUCGCCUCCGACAGCCACUUAUGAAGACGCUUUGGCGUUUUUCCUGAAAGCUGAAGAAGUUGACCCAAAUUUCUACAGCAAGAACCUGCUGAUGCUGGGAAAGACGUACGUGAUGCUUCGAGACGUCCAGCGGGCGGCGCUGUGGCUCACGAGAGCGCGGGACUAUCCUGCCAUCACAGAAGAAGACAAACAGGUCCAUAAGGAAGCGCUGGAGCUUCUGAAGAAACUCAACGGAUGAGUCCUGCUGUUCUGAAACCCAGAGAUGCCUUAAUUGAGCUUUUUAAUGAUUCGGUGGAUUUGAAUUCGACAUUAACAGAAGGAGAUUCCUGUAAUUCCCCACCGCUGCUGCUGUACUUCUGCACGUUUGCUGGCGUGAGCUCACAGACACCGGCUGCUCCGUCUAGCCUAAUAAUAAUAAUAAUAAUAAUAAUGUUAGUUGGAUUAUUGUAGUAGGAUUAGGAUAUCACUUACACUUUAAAUCCUUCAGUUUACCUUUGCUUUUCUCACAGAACAAUUCAUCCUCCAUGUGUUUUGUAAGGAUUUUGGGAGCAAUUAAAACUAAUUUUGUCAUUUUUGUAUAUUCUUUGUGAAAAUGAAAUAAAGCUAAAUAAAAUAAUAAUAAAUAUAAAACAUUAACACAUUUCUAUUAUGAAAAAUCGAAAUAAAGCACACUUGAACACACCCGAGUUUGUUUGAACUCAUAUAUUUUAAUAUGAAAUAUUCAUGGACACAGUUUUCCUCCCCUGACGGUCAAAGGCCACAGAAAUAAUGAAGUGCUUCGAGCACAACGGACGAACCCUUUCUGAGCAUGUGCAGAGAUUCUGACCAAUACUAAAGUGCCAACAGCAAUACUGUCCAGAGCCAAUCCUGAUGAAUGAUAUGUGAGACAGCUGUCUGUCUGUCUGUCUCCUCUCUCCGCAGGCAGCCAUGCAAGCGCUUAACAAGAAAACUCAAACAGAGAAACCUCAGGCACCUGAUCAAACUCUACAAUCAUUCUGUAAAAGCUCUAUAAAACUAGAGCCAUAAGUUGGAGUUCUACUAUAAAAUCCUCUCUAAUGUUUUUUUUUUUUCAGGUUCAUUUUAAAAACCCGCCGAAUGAAUAAACCAAAGCGUUGUAUAUAGA